GCUAUGUCGCUGCUAGAUUACACUGGAGUCGUACAACGCAACGUCUCAGUUCAGUAUCGUUAGUGAGAACGCGCAGUAUGGCAGUACACGGUGUAUUUUUAAGAUGUGCAGUAUUAUCAGUGUUAGUCGCAGUUGUGUUCGGAGGUAAUGGAUUUCCUCACCUAUUGGAUCUUUUCACUCCACGGGUAAACAUACCGUCCGGUUAUGUGUCGACUCGUUCAGAAGCGUUUCGGUUUCGUACGCGUGUCGAUCACCUUGAUAUCCAGAACAGAGCGACGUUCGAGUUUAAUUACGUCUCGAACGACGCCUACUACCGGCCUGGCGGACCGAUCUUCAUCAUAGUUGGUGGAAAUAUUGCACUGAACGUAUUUACUAUGGAAGACGGACUGUUUCACGAUAUUGCCCGCGAUGAAGGUGCUUGGUUGUUUAGUAACGAGCAUCGUUACUACGGCAGCAGCUCACCUGUGGAAGAUUAUUCCACACCCAACAUGCGAUAUCUAAGCGUGGAACAGGCGCUGCUCGAUUUGAUCGAAUGGAUCGAUCAUCUACGCCGGGAGGUAGUCAGGAAUCCGAACGCGAAGGUGAUCUUGCAUGGACGGGGUUAUGGUGGAACGAUAGCCAUCUGGGCUCGUCAACGCUUCCCGAGCCUCAUCGAUGGUGCCUGGGGUUCGGCGGCCUCCGUCAUUGCACAGGUGAACUUUAGGGAAUUCGGUGAGGAUAUGGGCCGAACGAUCCGUGCGCUCGGCAGUGACGAAUGCUACGGUAUUGUGCGGAGCGGUUUCCGAGCGGCCGAGAAUCUGGUUAAUGCCGGACGGUACGACCGUCUGUCGCAGUUGUUCCGCACCUGUGUACCACUGCAGGCCGACGAUCCGCUAACGAUAGAAACAUUCUUCUUCAGUCUCAAGAGCUCAUUCGAGGCGGAAAUGUUCAGUCAGAUAGACUCCGUUGGGCGUAUGUGCGACGAGCUAGUAGCCGAUCCGGCCGACUCAGCACUGGAAGUACUGGCGAACUUUGUCGAACGUCGUUACGGAUUGCUCGACUGUGUUCCGUACGACUUUGAGAGUAGCAUUGCGAACUCAAUGUACGAAGCGGUUGAUGCACCGAACAAUGCGGAUUUCGGCAUCCGGCAGUAUUUGUAUCAGCUGUGCACUGAGUUCGGUUGGUUCCUGACAUCGUCGACGGGUGACAGUCCAUUCGGAACACGCAUCACUUAUCGGUACUUUAUCGAAAAUUGCCGGGCAGUGUUUGGUGACUGGAUCGAUCAGGACGUCGUGUACGAAGGUGUUCGGAUAACGAACUUACACUUCGGUGCGGACGAUCCUCGUGUCACGAAAGUAGUUUACGUGACCGCAGAGUUCGAUCCGACCCGGUUCCUCACGCUUACAAAUUACACCAACCUGCAGGCGAACGCGUUCGUUGUCCAAGGUGCCCUGUCGGCGUUCGAUUGGAUGCCGGAGAGUGAGACCGACUCGGAAGAUUUGCUGCGUGUACGACGCGAGAUCGUGGGAUACGUUCGUGGCUGGUUAGAGGGAGGUUUGAUUGGCACGAAGUAA